AUGCGCUCAGCUUCCGGAUCUUAUGAGGCAAUCGACGUGCCGUUUGUGCGAGGUCAACUCCGCUCAAUACUGUUGAUCGAUUCAAUCAGAGCCAAUAACAGAGGAUAUCCGGAACGGGUCUCGUUUCGUGAUUUCCGCCGUCGUUUUGGAUGUUUGGUCGAAGAUGAACUGAACUCUUCUAUCGAUAAUGCGCUCGACGAUCGAGCUGCUGUAUCGAAGAUUCUUGAAGGAAUGGACAUACAUCAGCAUAGAUAUCGUUUGGGAAUCAGUCAGGUGAUGCUUUGUUACUUAAAGGCCCACGGCGAUGGCUGGUCUGGGUAA